GACUUGAUCCAGGGGCGGGGAAGUGCCUGGUAGUUAUAAGAAGCAGCCAGGGCACCGAGGCAAUGAGCUAUCGGCUCAGCUGGGCUCGCAGCAGGACUCGGGCAACAGGCGCGCUCCCUGCUCUAGUCCAGCCCCGUGCUCCGCCGCCGCUAUGGUUGCUGUGCCCACUGCCUGGUGCUCCCUCGCUCUGGCUCUGCUCGUGGCCCUGCACGAAGGCAAGGGCCAGGCCACUGCCACCCAGGAGCAGCCAGUGCCCACACCCCAUGCCCGAGGCUCCCACCUGCGGCCUCGACGUUGCUCCUGCAGCUCCUGGCUUGACAAGGAGUGCGUCUACUUCUGCCACCUGGACAUCAUCUGGGUGAACACUCCUGGACAGACAGCUCCUUACGGCCUGGGAAACCCGCCAAGACGCCGGCGCCACUCUCUGCCAGGACGCUGUGAAUGUUCCAGUGCCAGAGACCCUGCCUGUGCCACCUUCUGCCAUCGAAGGCCCUGGGCUGAAACAGAGGCGACCCCAGGCACUGGGUCCUCUGCAGACACGUUCCAGGGUGACAAGACGUGGACUACUGCGGGAGAGCUGCUCCAGCGGCUGAGGGACAUUUCUUCUGCCAAGAUACUCUUUGCUGGGCGACAGCAGGAGGCCACAAAAGAGACUGGGCCCACACACUCCAGGCGGAGGAAGAGAUAGUAUUGGAAGCUGGAGAAACUCUGGGAAGAAAGUCUGCAUGGAGAUGGGAAGAGAGAGGUAGCCCAGGCCAGGGAGACGCUCCACCUGCCUCCUGGGCCAGGAAAAUGUGCCUGCUGGGACUGGCACAAGCUUUGGCCUCCUCCCCCAGUGAGGGAGCCACCCUCAGGCAGCUCCGAGACGUCACACUGCCCAGGAAAGCCUGCAACUCCCAGGCUGCAGAGCAGCCUCCUGCCCGGACUCUGGCCCCGCAUCCUCGCUGGAAAGAACUUAGUCUGGAGGCCACGUCCUGAGAGGGGCCCUGCCUGUUGGCUACAAACCAGGAGUGACACACAGUGAUGGACACUCGCACCUAAGCCAGCCCCGAAGACUGGACAGGUUUGCCCAAUGGCUGGUGUCCUGGAUGCCCUCAUCUGUCCCCUCCAGCUCUCCCUCCCCAUAGUCCUCUAACCCUCAUACCCUCGGGGCGCUCCUGGCGAGAAGGGCCUGUUCUGCUUCACUGUCUGUAUAUAACUUAUUUGCUAUAAGAACUUUGGGAAUUCCAGUUAUUUAUUGUAAUGUAUUUUUUUUAGACUCUCAAU